AUGUCGACCCAUGAAUCUCUACCGGCCGCGGAGGCUGUUCGAACGAGUGCGCCGGCUGCUUCAGGUGAACUACCCGUGCUUCGAUAUUAUAGACCGCCGCAAUCCACUUCUACACGGAGAGAGCUUCCUGAUUCCUAUUUCCAACCAAGCACCGCAGACUUGAAGGCCGCGCAAGCGUCCUUGUCGGCGCGGACGCAGGCUCUAGUCAAUGCACCACUACGGACACAGGCAAUGCGGGACGCGGAGGAGAAGGCGAAACGGGCUCGAUGGCCAACAACCACGAUCCGUGUCAAGUUCAGCGAUCGCAGCCAGCUCGAGAAGGUCUUUCCAUCUACGGACAAAAUCCGCUCGGUUUAUGCCUUUGUACGGAACUCGCUGCGGGAAGAUCUGAGAGCACGGCGCGAUGAGGAAGACCAGACGCCGCCAAAGCGUGAAUUCAAGGUAUCCGACCCUGAGGUCCGCGACUUGUCGCUCACGGAGUUGCAGCUCUCCCCGUCGUCUGUAUUGUUAUUGAACUUCCUGGACGAUGCAUUGAACCACACGGAUGUUCCGGCACCGCUGGAUGAGUCAAUACUGGCGAGGGCAGAGGACUUGCCGACGCCGCCUAAUUUCGACCCGGAUAUCACAUCGUCGUCAUCAUCAUCACUAUCAUCGGCACCUUCGUCAAAUAUUCCCUCUGCUGCAUCUAAUCCUGCGCCAUCGACAGAGAAGAAAGUUCCGAAGUGGUUGAAGUUGGGGCCAAGUGCGUGUUUUGUCCGUUCUCGUGGCCACUAG